AUGGACAGAGCCGCGUCUGUUGUUUGCUUUCUUCUAGCGUGGGGUGCUAUUGCACAUCUCGCUAAAUCUGAUUACUGUGGUUCAUCAAACGUAUUAGUUGGAACAGCUCCAGUCAAUCUGACAUCACCAGGCUAUCCAGGAGUCUAUCCUAACUCAGUAGAUUGCCAGUGGGAGAUCAGGGCUCCAGACUGGUUAUAUGUGGUGGUGUCCAUACAAGAUUUAUACACAGAGGAGGGAUAUGACUUUGUUUACAUUAAUGGCACCCUUCUUGAUGGACACACCGCGUCAAUAGAACUAAACGGAAUCACACAACUAAAGUCCAUUGCAUUUACCUCUUUGACGACAACUUAUAUCCGCUUCGCAGCUGACGAUAUUGUUUCAGAAAGGGGUUUUCUUCUACAACUUCAAGGCACCAAUAAUUAUACAAGUUCCUGCCACUUGGAGGAUGAUCUCGACUGUAGGAAUGGGAUAUGCGUCGCUGCACAAGCAAGGUGUGACGGUAAUCUUGACUGCCGAUUCGGUCCAGAAGACUAUUCAUAUGUGGAUGAAGAGGAUUGUGAUUACUGUGGUUCACUGAACAUUUCAGUUGGAACAUCUCCAGUCAAUCUGAAGUCACCAGGCUAUCCAGGAGUCUAUCCUAACUCAAUAAAUUGCCAUUGGGAGAUCAGGGCUCCAGACUGGGUAUCUGUGGUGGUGUCCAUACAAGAUUUUUACACACAGGAGAGUUAUGACUUUGUUUACAUUGAUGGCACCCUUCUUGAUGGACACACCGCGUCAAUUAAACUAAAUGGAAUCACACAACUAAAGUCCAUCGCAAUUACUUCAUUGACGACAACUUAUAUCCGCUUCGCAGCUGACGAUACUGUUUCAGAAAGGGGUUUUCUUCUACAACUUCAAGGCACCAAUAAUUGUAAUACCACGGAUUUUAACAGAAACAUUACAAUUUAUUUAUCGAAAAAUACAACUUCCUGCCACUUGGAGGAUAACUUCGAUUGUAGGAAUGGGGUUUGUGUCUCACGACAAGCAAGAUGUGAUGGUCAGCCUGACUGCCAAUUCAGUCCAACACACUCAUCAUCUGCGGAUGAAGAGGAUUGUGGUGCUUGUGGUAUUACUAAAGUUCACGUUGGAAGCGAACCAAUAAACUUCAACUUAACCAGCUACCCAACCGGCUAUCCUCCGUCUCUCGACUGCAACUGGAACAUCAUUGCUCCGGAUUUCAUGUCAUUAGUACACGUUGGAAUAAGUGAUUUUUCAACAGAAUACUUGAAAGACGUAGCUGUCCUUAAGGGAAUCAAUAUUUACGGAGAAACUGUGUCGUUUGUGAUGACAGGAUCCAUCGAUAAACUGAUAUCUAUAACAUUGAAUUCAUCGGAGGAAGUGUCCUUCAGCUUUAAAAGUGAUUCGUAUGUUAGUGGGCCAGGGUUUCUACUAGAACUUUACAGCAGCAAUGGUACUGUUAACAUAUCUUGUCCUGGUACCGAUGUCUUUGAUUGUGAAGACGGCUCUUGUCUGAAUUCAAGUGGAAGAUGUGAUGGUUUUAGAGAUUGCCAAAUCAGUAGAAAAGACGAGGUCGAUUGUGCCACCGUGACCUGUCCUGGAUCUUUCAAGUGUAAGGAUUCGUCAACAUGUAUUCACAUGUCUGCAGUCUGUGAUGAUAAAUUCGACUGUCCGGAUGAAGAUGAUGAAACACAAGCAGCAUGCGAUGACCGAUGUCCGACAAUGUGUUCUUGUAUUGUCUCUGAUGAUGGCUAUGUCAGUCAGUGCAACUCGGGAUGGAAUCAGGGGACUGUAGGUGACAUUGGUAUAAGAACGACACACCUCAAACUUGCCAAUGAAAACAUCAUUCAACUGAAUACUGGAAUCUUCAAAAGUUUGUCUUUCCUGGAAUCACUAGUUCUGACAAACAACAGCUUACGGGACUUUAACGCCGGCACAUUCUCCGGACUCUUUAAUCUCACUUCCCUGGACCUCUCACAGAAUAAUAUUUCGAGGCUUCAGAGUAAUAUCUUCGAGGAUCUUCUCAACUUGAGAACAUUGUUGGUUAUGGAUAAUCCGUUACUCUCAAUAGAUAGUGGAGCUUUCAACUCGUUGAGCAACUUGAGAGAACUUUUUUUGAUCCGAGGUAAAUGGAACAAUGAAAGAUCUACAAUGAAUAUCGCUCCGGGGGCUCUGCAAGGUCUGCACAGUCUGGAAAUAUUAUACGUCGAUGACUACCGCCUGUGCUGUAGAUUUGAUGAAGAAGUACCAUCGAAAGAGUUUGAUUACUCUAAAUGUACAACGACUGAGUUGCAACCACCGCUAAACAUCUGCGGUAGUCUGAUGCGUAAUGAUCCACUACGAGCGUCUUUGUGGAUUCUCGGGUUGAGCGCCCUCAUCGGCAACUUGGUGGUCAUCAUCUGGAGAUGUAGACGGGGCAAAGAAUUAGGCGAGAAUGAGACGCACUCAUUUUUGGUUCUUAAUUUAGCUAUAUCUGACUUGAUGAUGGGGGUUUAUAUGUUGAUCAUUGCUAUUGCUGAUAUAAGGUUGGGUAAGAGUUAUUCCAGUGUUGCGAAGGAAUGGCGGUCUAAUGUGGUUUGCAAGAUUGCUGGGGUAGUAUCAGUGAUGUCUAGUGAAGCAUCGGUAUUUUUUGUCACAUUGAUCAGUCUGGACUGUCUUUUAAGCAUUGUAUUUCCCUUCAGCCGUGUUACCAUCAGAGGAAAGAUAAGCAAAGUUAUUGUGGUCAUAUUAUGGUUAGUAUCUGCAUGUGUUAGUAUUAUCCCGACUGUAUUCAGUGGUGAUAGUGAUUCCAAUGUAUACGGUUUGUCGGAUGUGUGCAUUGGUCUCCCCCUGAUAACUAAGGUGCUGUCUAGUUACUCAUUUGUAGAUAACUCCAUCAGUAGCGUAUUUGGUGCAGAUUCAAUCGCUAUACCGGUACCUGAUGCAAGAGAACCGGCUUGGAUCUACUCAAUCGUCUUGUUCCUUGGCGUCAAUUUGUUUUGUUUUAUCGUUGUGUUGAGCUGCUACAUAGCGAUCUUCGUGAAGGUUAAACGCUCAUCUAGGCUGGUGAAAGUAACUGCUCGCCGACAGAGGGAAGUUAAGAUGGCGAUAAAGAUGGCUCUUAUAGUCGGUACUGACUUCGCAUGUUGGAUGCCGGUGAUCAUUAUGGGGAUUCUAUCCCAGGCUGAGAUUGUAGAAAUUGGUCCUGAUAUGUACGCCUGGAUCGUUGUGUUCAUACUCCCAAUAAACUCCUCGCUAAACCCGUAUCUCUACACUUUCUACUCUAAAAUAACAGGACAGAGCAACACAAAGAAACCCGAACCGAAGGUGGAGAUGAAAAUAACAAAAUCCACUGAGACACUAGAAACCCGCGCCUCUGAAAAUAGUCAGUAAUAUUAAACAAUGAUUUUAAUACCGUUUACAAACUAUGAUUUAAUUUUCACCCUGCUAUUUGACAACUAGCCAUGCUUAUUACAAGGGACUUGUCAUAACAAAAGAUAUAAACUUACCGACAGCAAUCGGACAGUCUUUCAGAUGGUCUAGAGAUUUAAUUUUACCAUUCCCGGGGCACACCUGUUAAUAUUUGCUCGCGUGGGAUCAGAUUAUUGUCCAAAAUGAUAUCAUUACUACACGAAAGACCAGGGCUAAUUUUUUAUGUUCAAGGUCAAUGGGGAUUACCCGGGAGACAGCGGACAUUCUAUACUGUAAACAAUUCCGGCGGGUAAACGGCCUUGCUAUUUCCACACAAUUUUAAAUUAUGUUUCUCAAGCGUGUUUAUUUGUCAAGAAAAAAUUAACUUUUCCUAUUUUGUAUAUGCAGGGUGAUUAAAACAAACAAUUAGCCGUUGCUAAGUAACGCAAAAAGGGUUAAAACUUCAGUUAUUCACACGACAGCUAAAUAUUUGUCAUUUAAAAGACUUUUCAAAUCUGUACCAAUGUCAGUUUAGUUUGUAGCAGUUUGCAACCUCUCAGUCAGUUUUCUCUCAUAUUAUGAUACUUUUUAAAUGUGUACCAUGUAGGUAAAUUUAGCAGUUUGAAACAGCUAAGUAAAUUUUUUUCCUGUUUUACAAGACUUUUUAAAUUUAUACCACAGAUCAAUUUAGUUGGUAAGCAGUUUGUAAAACCUCUCAUUCAGUUUUCUCUCAUAUUACGAGACUUUUUAAAUGUGUACCAUAUAUAAGUAAAUUUAGCAGUUUGAAACAGCUAAGUCAAUUUUUUCCCUCUUUUACAAGACUUUUAAAAUUUAUACCAUAGGUCAAUUUCGUUGGUAAGCAGUUUGUAAAACCUCUCAUUCAGUUUUCUCUCAUAUUACGAGACUUUUAAAAUGUGUACCAUAUAUAAGUAAAUUUAGCAGUUUGAAACAGCUAAGUCAAUUUUUUCCCUCUUUUACAAGACUUUUUAAAUUUAUACCAUAGGUCAAUUUAGUUGGUAAGCAGUUUGCAACCUUUCAUUCAGUUUUCUCUCAUAUCAUGGGACGUUUUAAGUGAGUACCAUUAGGUCAUUUUAGCAGUUUGAAACAGCUGAUUUAUUUUGUUCUCUUUUGAAGGACCUUUUAAAUUUGUACCACAGGUCGGUAAGCAGUUUGCAUCCUCUCAUUCAGUUUUCUCUCAUGUUAUGAGACUUUUUGUGUGUACCAUAGGUCAAUUUAGUUCGUAAGCAGUUUGCAACCUUUCAUUCAGUUUUCUCUCAUUAUUAAGAGACUUUUUUAAUUGUGUACCAUAUAGGUCAAUUUAGCAGUUUGAAACAGCUAAGUAAAUUGUUGUCCUCUUUUACAAGACUUUUUAAAUUUAUACCAUAGAUCAAUUUAGUUGGUAAGCAGUUUGCAACCUCUCAUUCAGUUUUCUCUCAUAUCAUGGGACGUUUUAAGUGAGUACCGUUAGGUCAUUUUAGCAGUUUGAAACAGCUAAUUUAUUUUGUUCUCUUUUGAAAGACCUUUUAAAUUUGUACCACAGGUCGGUAAGCAGUUUGCAUCCUCUCAUUCAUUUUUCUCUCAUUAUUAAGAGACUUUUUGUGUGUACCAUAAGUCAAUUUAGUUGGUAAGCAGUUUGAAGUAAACAAAUUCUUGAACAAUAACAUAUAAAAACAAAUGGUGCAAUAAUGGUGUAAUAAUCAGCUAAUAAUUGACUGGCAUUCCUUUAAGAGUGGUUGCCUAAACGCUUCCCUUGUUAAAGACAGUGGUACAUUGGUAAUUGUCAAAGACCAGUCUUCCCACUUGGUGUAUAUCAACAUAU